UGGGAGAGCUCGUGAACAAGUCUUCAGCACUCUGCUUUGUCCGCAGAUUACGAUUGCUGAGGAUCGCAUUAUCUACAUCUCCUACCCGUCACUUAGUUUUAUUUUCUCUCUCCGCAAUUACCGCCAACAACCAAUCUUCAGUGAAAGUAUCCGCUGCCCAGAACAAUGGCUAGCUCGGAGUCUACGGCCGAAGCAGCGAAGAAGUCGCUCGUGCAGAAGGCCAGAGCAUGGGGAGAAAAUCCAUUCCCACCCACGCUGCUGGCGUCGCUCAUCACAGCGCAGUAUAUGCGACCCUUCCAGGCGCUCCCGAUGCUCUUUCCCCCGGUCCUUCUGUUCACGAGUUACGCCAGUGUCAAUGGUUUCAAAACAGACAGUGCUGGAAUCAGUGCUGCAUGGUCCGGUCUAUACCUUCUCCUUGCUGGCCGACGAAAGCAGCCUUUCAUGAAGAAGUGGGGUGCACGAGGCAUCAUUCGGGGCGCAACAAUGGGUCUCUGCUUUGUCAACAUGGUCUCGGGCGGACUGGCCUAUACGCUAGGCAAGAGAGAGGAUGAAGAAGAAGAAGACUAAAGUCAUGACACUAAUUGGGGGGAGGAGCAAAGCUGGUUAGGCGUUUCCUGGGAAUGCAUGGUGUUUCUAGAGGUCCACUGGUCAUCACGUCCUGUUUGUAUGAGGUUCCAAUAUAUAGGCGUAUAGAUACGUAUCUAUCACACAGUUUCAUUCAUAGCCCAUCAUUAUCAGUUAUGUACCA